AUUUUGUUUGUGCAAUGGUAAGAAGUUAAUAAAAAAUUCGGGUAUUAUGGAGUAUUUUAAAAAUUUUUAAGUAUAUUCAAUGAAGAAAAUGUAGUCAUUUUAUUAAAUGAGAAAAUUUGGCUUUUGAUAUUCCAUAUUAAAUUAUGUGUUUUAAUUGACUAAAACUGAAUACAUACUUUGGCAAAAUAUUUUAAAUAUGGAAAUUUCACGCAUACCUGUAAGGCGUAUUCAAUCGCAACCUAUACAAAAAUUAUCUCAAAACAAUUUAGAUAUACGAGAAGUAGAAAGUUUAAAUGUUUUGAAAGAUUUUAAAAGUGCACAGAAUAUAAAAAAAAUUGAUAAUACUAGGAACAAGGUUUUAAAACGUAAAGCACCUACACUUAAUUUAAAAAACAUACCGAGAAAAUCACAGAAAGACUCACCGAAAAGUGAUUAUGAAAAUAGUUAUUUAGUAUUGGAAGGUGAAUAUGUUACAUUAAAAUCAGAAUUCGAUGAAAUUACAAAUAAAUGUACGUACAUGCGUCAACAAAUGUCUAGUGUUGAUAGAGUUGAUGAAAGUUUACAAUUGAAAAUUGAAGAAUGCAAGGAAAAAGAUUCACUUAUAUCUGAAUUGAAAUUAAAAAUUGAAGAAGUGAAAUGUAACCACAGGCUUACCGAAAAUAAUUUAAACCAAUUAAAAAUUGAUUACAAUAAUAUUACACACAAGUUAAGUGAUUUACAGAAUCAAGUCGAUCUAAUACAAGCGAAAUAUCUAGAAAUGGAGAAUGUUAUUGAACAUUUAAAAUUAGAAAAUCACGAACAUCGGCGUGUUAUCGAUGAUAAUAAAUUAAAAAUACAAAAUUUGGUUUCACAUAUUUUAAAACUGGAUAUGGAUCGGAAAGUUUUACACAAUACAAUUCAAAAUUUAAAAGGUAGUAUUCGUGUAUUUUGUCGAAUUCGACCACAAAUCGCGGACGAACGUGGAAAAGCUUUAGCAGAAUUCACACAAACGGAUAAAUACACAAUUGAAUUAUUAAAUAGUACAUCAAAAUCAGCAAUAUCGGGCAGUAAUCGUAAUCAUAAACAAGAAUUUCAAUUCGAUUACAUAUUUGGACCACAAUCAACGCAAGAAGAUAUUUUUUCUGAACUUGGUCAACUUGUACAAAGUGUUUUAGAUGGCUACAACGUUUGCGUGUUUGCAUAUGGUCAAACUGGAUCCGGUAAAACAUUCACUAUGGAAGGCACAUCUGAAAAAUUAGGGAUGAUACCACGCACAAUUGAUUUUAUAUUCCAAACUAUCGAAAAACGUAAAGAAUUAAAUUGGGUUUAUGACGUGAAAGCGUCAUUCUUAGAGAUUUAUAAUGAACAAAUUGUUGAUUUACUAAAUUAUGAUAAGAAAAAAUCAUAUGAAAUUCGUAUGGUCAAUUCAAAAAGUACAGACAUUUAUGUCACAAAUUUAACUGAAGCGACUGUACAAAAUGGUGAUGAACUUAAACAGUAUUUAUACAAAGCCCAGCGGAAUCGAGUUGUAGCUUCAACUGAAUUCAAUGAUCGAUCAUCUAGAUCGCAUGCUGUCACUAAAAUUUGUGUUGUCGGUCGUAAUCUUGAAACAAAUGAAGUAUGGGCCAGUCAAUUAAAUUUAGUUGAUUUAGCUGGAUCGGAACGUGUGCGUAACUCCAUAAGUAUUCGAUUAAACGAAACCAAAAAUAUAAAUAAGUCUUUAUCGUGUUUAGGUAAUGUUAUUUUAGCAUUAUCACAACGUAAAGAGCAUAUACCUUACCGGGAUUCAAAAUUAACCCAUUUGUUGAUGCCCUCUUUAGGAGGUAAUUCAAAAACAUUAAUGAUAGUAAAUAUUUCAUUAUUAAAAGAAUGGCUUCAUGAGAGUAUUAACUCUUUACGGUUCGCUUCUACGGUUAAACAAUGUAAAAUUGGUUCGAUUAAGAGAAAUAAACAUUUCGAGGAUUCGAACUUAAAUAGUUAGCAACUGUAUAUUUGAAAAAUGUAUUUAAAAAUUCACACAUUCACGGCGUUUUGCAAAGUUUUCAUAAUUGAAUUAUUAACUUACGCAUACUGUUGUUCGUAAAUGGUGAAAUUCUGUCAAAAACAAGUUUUUGAAACCCUGCCAAGAUAAAUAAAGCUUCCUCACGAAUGUGAUUAAAUAACUGCAUAAAUUAAUAACCGAAAACUUAU